UCCCUUGGUUUACUUUUUACUUUACAGGAGCAAAGACAAACGAGUAGCUAAACAUGUCGGAUGUUGGAUCAGAGGAUUUUGAUGAUGAUCAGGGUUACCUUGGGGAAUAUGAAGGGGACCGAAAUGAAGCUGGAGAGAGACAUGGGGUCGGGAGAGCUGUCCUACCCAAUGGAGACACUUACCAAGGAAUGUAUGAAAACGGGAAAAGGUCUGGCCAGGGGACAUACCGAUUUAAGAAUGGGGCCAGGUACAUUGGGGAAUAUUACCAGAACCUGAAGCACGGACAUGGUAUCUUCUACUACCCAGAUGGAUCAAAAUAUGAAGGCAGCUGGGUUGAUGACCAGCGCCAGGGUCAUGGCCUCUACACAUACCCCAACCAAGACACAUAUGAAGGAGAGUGGUUACACCAUCAAAGAAAUGGACAAGGUAUAUACCACUACAACGACACAGGUUCCAGGUACAUGGGCACGUGGGUGAUGGGCAAGAUGGAGUCAGCAGGAGAAUUCAUCCACCUGAACCACAGAUACCAGGGCAACUUCCUCAACAACAAUCCCUCAGGCCCAGGGAAGUAUGUGUUUGAAAUUGGCUGUGAGCAGCAUGGAGAAUACCUACAGGUGGAUCAGGACAGAGCGGAUGCCGAUGAGGAUGACAUAGUAUCCACCAUGGUCCUGAAGUGGAAGCCCAAGGCUGUCACGGGCCUGUCCCUCUGGACCCCAGCCAAAGAUCCAUCCUCGGACGGAGAAGGACUGGCCUCCGCAGACGAGAAAGGGGGAUCCGAACCUCCCGCUCCAGAGACCUGAGACCUUGCCAGAUUCACAGUUUACGCACAACAAACACACAUUUCAACAAUAAAGACGUCUCUCUCAU